GAAGGAGGUCCAGAAGGAAUUCAAAUCGAGAUGGGAGUGUCUGGAUGUCUUAGGGCACUGCAAGCAAACAAGAUGUGGAAGUGAUAGCCUGGGUAGAGGGGGAAGUGUUCUGCGUUGGUUUAACAAUGUUGGAAGGGAAGCUUGGUAUUUACAUGUAAGCUUUGCUUGAGGGUUGCGAUAUGUCUGACUGGUUUAACCUUCGCUGUUACAACAAUUUAUUUUCACCUUGGGCAUUCUAGCUGCUAUUUGAUGUCAUCUUUAAAUAUUCAGACUUGGACAGUUUUAUCCAUUUCUUCACAAUUAUCAGAUUAGAUCAUCACAUUCUCAAUAUGGCAAGCCGCACACGAAGAUACAAUAUCCUAUUCAUGUCUGGAAUAAUGUGCAUCCUUGUGCUGUAUCAAACUGAUACAAUGGACAAACGGUUGUGGACUUCCUUCACUGAGAGUUCUUCUCAGUUGUGGUACGCGCUCCGGCUUGAGGGCUUGCGUCCGUGCACGUGCAAUAGAUGUGCAAUGCAUGAUGACGAUCCAUGGUUUACGAAACGCUUCAACGCAUCUCUCAAUCCCUUUUUGACGCAGGACAACGCUCUCUCAGAGCAUGAUUUCAGAUGGUGGAAGACCUUGCCAUUUGGCAAUAAGCCCUUUCUCAGCUACAGAGUGGCCGAGCUGAAGGUGUUUGAGAUUUUCCCAGAACAGGAGAGCUUCAUGGACUCCAGCCCUGAUCGCUGCAGGACCUGUGCUGUGGUUGGGAAUUCAGUUAAUUUGCUGGGGUCUCACUAUGGACCCCUCAUUGACUUUCAUGAUGUCAUCAUGAGGUUCAACACAGCUCGUAUUGUGGGCUACGAAGGGGACGUCGGGAACAAAACGACUCUCCACAUCAUGUACCCAGAGAGCUCUGUGGAUUUGGAUGACCACACACAUCUCAUGCUAUUUCCCUUCAAAAUAAGGGACCUUGAGUGGCUAGUCAGCGCUUUCACCACAAAAUCUGUGAAAAGCACAUACAAACAGGUGAAAUCAACAGUCAAAGCGAAUCAGGGUUUGGUAAAGGUUCUCCAUCCUGGAUUUAUCCAAUAUGUCCAUGAAAACUGGCUGGGAAAAAAAGGAAAGUAUCCAUCCACUGGCUUCAUGGGUGUGGUGCUUGCAAUGCACAUUUGUGAUGAGGUCAAUGUAUUUGGAUUUGGAGCAGACAAGGAUGGAAACUGGAACCACUACUGGGAGGCGUUUGGAAGACAUUUUGGAACUGGACAGCAUGGUGGAGGGCAAGAGUACAAACUUAUUCUGCAACUUGCAGAAAGGCAAAAACUGAACUUCUAUAAAGGGUUUUGAAUGUUUUCUGUCCCUCUGACACAAUGGCCAUGGUAGUAGUGGACCCUGAACUUAAACAUUUACUGCAAACCUCACAUCUUUCUUUCUUUUUUUUAGACUCCACUAGUAAGGGGUGUGAUGAUUUGAGAUCAAACAUUGACACAGCUCUGUGGUAAAGCUUUGUUAUCACUUGUUUUACCACAGUUUUCCCAAACUGUGGAGUGAGCUUGAGACCUGGGGUCUCUUAUGGCCCUGACACACAUUCCGACUGCCGAUCGCCGAUUCAACAUGUGCAAUCGGCUGAAAAAGAACCCAGACGGGCUGGAAAAGAUCACCGACGGCUUUGACGACAGCCGAUCGCACAGUACACACCAAACAGACUCAGCCGAGCUCGCCUGACUGGCCGGCGACGACCGAUAAUCUGGUUGGUGUGUCAGGGCCUUUAUUUAAAAGAGGGCCUCGAGGACAAUUUCAUGGCUUCAGAUCUACAAGAAGUGAUGCAAAAGACGUUGAGAGGAUAGUGUAAACUACACUAUUUACUAGGGUUAGGGGGGCCUGGUGGAUCUCUUCUCUCUGGAGUCUCUCUUUCUUGGGCGCUGUCUUUCCCUCCUCUAGCUGACAAAUAAGACUCUCUAGGAGAGCUCUACUUUCUAUUUUUUAAAACAGGUUUUGAAGUAUUGAAUGAUACCAAGCCUGUUAAUGCUGCCGUCUUGCUGUCAAACAAACAAAAGCUGACCUGGUCCGCAGAUCAUUUGUUUCUCCGGUUUCGCGAGAGCAGGUUUAUUUGUUUUUCUAACCUCACCUUGUGAUUCCUAAAAUAAUCUCCAAGCCAGGCUUGUUAAUCAGGAACGCCCAUGUAUGGCAUCAGCAGACGAUGACGUAAUAAUUUAUUGCCGUUCUUUUCAUGGUCAUCAACAACUUGUUCUUCCACUUACUUGUGGCAAACUGGCAAACAUUUCACCCAGUUUUCCUAUUCCUUUAACCUCCCCUCCCUCAUCCAUAAGUGAACAACCAGUUUACCCAAUCCCUCUAACCUUGACUAAGUUACCCCUGCCCCUUGGUAGAUACCCUUUCCAUUCCUUUCACAACAUCUUCUAACCAUUAGGCGGUCUCGACCUCAUCAGCUUAAUUAUAUUGUACGAGUAAUAUCAGUCCAUACUGGUGGCACAGAACAUCGGAUGAUCUUUUUACGAAGGAGACUCUCCAAAGACAUGUUUUUUCCAAUGCUUAUCUCACUCAUAUAUGCAUAGAUACAUACAUAUACAUAUAUAUAUAUAUACAAACAUAUACACAUAGAUAUAAAAAUAGACACAUGCAUACAUAAUAUAUGUUUAUGCAUAUGUAUAUAUAUAUACAUACAUAAUAUAUACAUAUGUUUAUGUAUAUGUAUAUAUAUGUUUGGCAAGAUGAUUAUUAUAAUCCUUAUAUAAGUACAAUUCUCCCACAUGUGCACAUGCCUUAUAUAAUACAAAUUCUCCCGAUUG